UGCGGUGGCCGACGGCGAUGUAGUCACGCUGUUCAUGAAGUAGACCUCACUUGCGCCGCAGAUGCCUCUGCCUCUACUUUUGUCCUCCUCCCUGGAUCAUGUGGGCCUUCGCAGAGAGGAGAGGCGGCGUGCUACGCUGCCAUGGGGGCGGAUGCACGACUCCAGAUCCAGCUGCGCCGUCGCCCUCGCAACCCACGCUCUGCUCCCGUGCACCGUCAUCGGGCGUGCGUGCGCGUUUUCAUCUCGCUCCCUUGCACUUAUCACAGGGGACUCGAGCUCAUGAGCGGGGAGGAGGAGGAGGAGGAGAAGGAGAAGGAGAAGGAGAAGGAGGAGGAGCAGCUUGAUCUUCCGCGGAUCCCAGAGCCUCGCUGCAGCUGGUCUCGCGCUAGCGCUCUGCAGCGACGGGAGCAAUUUCUCCGGCGCUGCUCUCAACGCAGCAGCACCCAGCGCGAGCUCGAGCUCGCUGCCGCCAUCGUGCUGCAGCGUCGUUGCGUCUGCUUGAGCAAGCGCGUGUGGCCAUCGAGAGGCGUUGUGCAGCGUCCCGCGAGGAUCCGAACGCAAGAGUGAGCGAACGCCAGCUUGCUGCCCUCUCGCAAGGCCGGCGCUCGACAGCGCAGGGUGCGGCGUCUUCUCCGACGUCGGCGCGACACAAACAGAAGCCCAAGGGUGACGCUAGAACGACGCCAGCCUGCAGCGGCCGGCGGGCAGGGGCUCGCUCGCUGCUCGCUGCUCGCUGCUGCUGCCCGCUGAAACCGCAAAGGACGCGAACCUGACGCUGCUCUUGGAGGCGCU